GAUUUGACCACAGUUGAUAUCAGUAUUAAGGUACGAAAACAAAACAUUAGCCAGCAACAAUACCAACUAUUAUAGCAGUACCUUAAUCCUUGAAUAUUUGUCAUUGACAUAGAUAAUAACAUUAUCAUUUAUGAUUGUGGCUGAGCAGAAAAGGAAUUUCAUUGAUAUUGAUUCAGUAGAAGUAAAAAAAAUAUAAGACACAAAUUGUAAACAUAUUCUAUCAUCAGGUCUGCUCUGAUACAACCAUGGCUUCAGCUCCUGUUCACCCUACGUUAGAAUCAUUAAAAUGGAUAUUAGGAAAAUGGACAUCUACGAAUGGUGUUUGUAUAUUUCCUACUAUGAAAGAGGUCAAGUAUUCAGAGGAUGUUGAAUUUUUUCAAGUUGGUCAGCCUAACAUACAGUUUAGCUAUAAUUCAUAUGAUGUAGAGAAGAAGAAGCCAUUACAUAGAGAAAUUGGAUUUAUUCGUAUUCAACCAGGUACCAAUAAAAUAGGUUUUUUAACAGCACACAACAAUGGUGUCACCUCAGUUGAAGAAGGAGAAGUUAACAAUGAAGAAAUAAAAACUGAAUCACAUACAGUUGGUAGAUUAACAUUUGGUUCAGAUCCAGAAACUAAAAAGUUAUCAAGAGUAAUUAAGAAAGUUGGAGAUGAAUUGGAACAAAUAGUUUAUAUGGAAACAAACAAUACACCUUUAUCAGAACAUUUACGAAUUAGAUACAAACGUGUGGAAUAGAAUACAAGUGACCAUGAGUUUUAAGAAGAAAGCUUUGGAGUUUUAUAAAUUCAAGCUAUUUUGUGGUUUAUAUCAGUACAAGUCCAAUAUUUA